AAAUCUGAGGGGAUAGUUAGGAAAUUAGUAGCUAGAGUAACAUAUUGUUUGUGAACCUCAUAUAUUUUAUCAUGUCAUUGUAAUUACUUCACUGACUAAAGGGAAAUGUGAAAACGGAAGACUUAUUCAACAUGGCGGACGGCUGGAGAGAAGUAUUUGAAAGAAGCCGGUUGAUACCCCCACCCCGCCAGGCAGUCCGCCUGGCCGUAGAAAGCCACUUCACCCAGUCCAACGGCUUUCAACUCUGCCUCAACCGACUUACUGUAGCUCAACCCCCGCAGGACUUGGCAGAGGGGGCACAAGAGUUGACCUACCAACUCCGAGUGACCCUAUUUGAUAGAAGUCACCAGCAUUUCUUUGGGAAAACAUGGAAAAGCCAACCACAGAGGAUGAAAACUAACAAGAUCUCCUUCAAUCAGGUCUUGUACUUCCAUACAUCUCUGCAGUUGCCCAGCACAGUUGUGGUUCUGGAGCUGGUGUCCCUGUUGCCCAGGCCAGACGGCUCCCAGCAGGCCUUGGGGCAAGGCUUCACUGUCCUGGAGCUUUUUAUCAACAGGCCAGAGGCUCAGCCUGCUGAUGGGGACAGAAGGUUGAAUCUACACUAUGGAUCACCAAGAACCCUCCUCCACCCUUUGCUGAAGGACACCACUGACUAUAGUCUAUUGAAGACUAUUGAAGGAGCACGCUUGGACUGUGUGAUAAAAAACCACCCUGCCCUGGUUUCCGUUAUGCACCUCCUCCCAGAGAAUGUCCUGGUAUCUGGAGAUGAGAACAUUCCCGGACUUGCAGCCUCUGCAACAGGUGAUGCUCUGCUCAGGCCUCAGCUGCUCAAGAUGCUGCCCUUCUCCCUGCACAGACUGACCAUCUCCCUCCAGCCGUCCCUGGAGAAGUUUGAGAGCAGGCUGCUGCAGCUGAUCAAUGCAGACUGCCAUAACACAAAACAGCCUGGACCGGAUGAUACUCUAAGGACGGUUGUUAUCCAGGAGAGGAGACUUCAUGUCGGGGUCCACAAUGGCUGGUGUUUUCUUGAAAAGCCUCAAGUGGUUGUACUGGAGCACCUACCCUCGGGGGCCAGGGGCCGAGCUGACAGCACCUCCAAACAGAUCAAAGACAGCUCAUCAACUCUCCCUCAGACUCUGGGUCUUCGCAGCAGCUUGGAGCUCAGGCUGGCCAAUCAUCAUGCUUUGGCAAUCGUCUUCCAGCUGGAGUAUGUCUUCUCUGCUCCAAUUGGCCCAGAGACGAUGCUGUCUACCACCUCCACAUCCCGAGCGGCCUUCCUGCAGUGCCUUCGUUGGGGGGUUUGUUGCCCCUUUCAGGAGGCGGCUGACAGGACUGGAGAAGAGAUACAGCUUGUUCUGCAAGGAGGUGCAAAGCCAAACCCUUACGGAGUCAUGGUCUAUAGCACAGAGAUGUCUGCCAAGACUCAGAGCCCUGUGCCACCCUCAGCUGCAGGCACAGCUCAGGUCUCAGAGCCGAGGGAUACAAUAAUGUUCUGGCUGUCGUCUCGUCUGGAGAAAAAGGAUCUUAGCCCAAAGACGUCUCUGAGGACAAAGCAGGAGGAUGUGUCACGUCAGAGAAGAUCACCUUCUCAGGGUCGGAAAUACAUUCCACCAGCUUCUCCUCCAGAAUCUCCUCAAGGCCCUGGGCUCUCGCUUUCUCAGCUGGCAGCUACUUCACACUACCCAACCAUCAGCCACUCCAGCAAGUCGUCGCCAUGGCAACAGUCGUUUCCUUCUCUGCUCCAUCCUUCCCCGUUGGCAUCGGCCCACCAGCUGUCACAUGUCGCUCAGGCCAGUUUACAUGUCAGCAACAUAGCCCACAUGGAAGUGGCCCUUCAGCCGAGAGGGGAUGUUUCACCCUCAGCUCAGGAUGAAGGGGACCAACUUGAAGAGCUGCCCUUCACCCCUGUCCAUGCCCCCGUCAUCACUGUGGGGAUGAAUGAGCUGAGUUCCUGCACAGUCAGCUCCAGGAGCUCGCUGGCCUACCUUUACUCUGCUGGCUUCCCUGACAUUGUGGAUCACAGUGGGCAGGUAGCAGAAGUACUCGACCCCACUGAGCCUGUACCCUUCAACCCCCAGCGUGAAGAGACUGACCUUCUACAGGGCAACCUGCUGGUGUUCCAGUUUCUGGCCUUUACCAGAAUACCAACAGCUGGUGUCGGUCCUGACUGGCCGGACAACAUCUAUUUCACCUUCCAGUUUUAUCGCUUCCCACCAGUCACAACGCAGCAGCUCAAACUACUGACCAGUGAAAAAGUUCAACAGAAAGCUGGCAGUCCGCUUCCCUGUGUCUUGGCCUCCAUCAACAAAGAUGGCACUGUCAACGCUGCCUCUCCGGGCCUACAGCUGCAGUUCAGAGUUGACGAAGGCUUCCUGAAACCAGGAGAGAAGCGUUGGUUUCUGCGCUACCUGGCCCUCCACAGCCUGCACAUUGACAUCUGGGACAGCAACUCCCUGCUUCUCAUAGGCUCUACUGCCAUCGAACUCAAGUACUUAUUGCGGCAGGGAAAACCUGCAGUGCAGGCCCUUCAUGAGGUUGAGGUGCUGACAACUGAUUAUGUGGGAGAGGACCCUCUGCUGAUGAGUGCCAAUUUGGGUGGACAGUCAGCUAUCAGCCCAGUGACGGUCCACACUAUCACCAGAGGCCGGCUGCACAUACGCACAGGAAACAUAGGGUGCCCAGUAGAUCUCAGUAAAAGGAAGCCAGCAGACAUCAUGCCAGCUCCUUCUCACAUCAUCACACCUCGUGAAGUCACAGGUGGAUUCAGAGGAGGGAGCCUGUCUUCCAGAAACAUCCUCCAACUCAACGCGAGGAAUGCUGCACAAGCACACAGACUGGAGAUGGAUGGGGAUCGCGUGCCAUUGUACAAACGUGGGAUCAGAGCCGACAUCAUCAUGCCUGGAGAGCACAACCUAAACGAGCCUGACAGUGGGACUCGCAAGCUCAACUGCAUGGCUGCUGUGCAUCAGCGGGAGGGCAGAAAAGAUGCUAAAGCCACUGAGGUCAUGGAGAAUAAGAAAACCUGGCUGACCAGAGAAUCAAAUCAAGCUGAACUGAACAAAGAGCACAGCAAGGCAGAGAGCAUCACCAACAUGCUAAGCCAGGCCAUCACCACCCAGCACCUGCUCUUUGCCAGCCUGGGCUCUGCUGAAUACAUCGAGUACAUCCUAAAGAAUCCCUUCAAUGUACCUCAGACUGUCACCAUUCAUAGUGACGACCCUGAGCUACGUGUUCUCACUAACACAGAGGAGUGGAGUUACUUCAAAGCACUCACCAAAACUCCAACCCCACUGGAGGAGAACAUGUUCCACUUGGAGGAGGAUGCCCCAGGACCUCGAGUUUACCUCAGGCCAAAAGAGAGCAUUCAUAUUCCCCUGAAAUACCAGAGCUUUUACUGUGACCACACCAUGGCCAUUCAGGGACCAAGCUUCCUACCUACAGGCAAAGAUUCUCGUGUGGCCAGGAAAUAUCUGUCUAAUAUUGUUGCUGCCAAGAUUAUCAAGGUGACAUUUAAAGCACAAGACGGUAAACCAAUGGCCAUCCUCCAGGUGAAUGUGGAGCCAACACCUCACAUAGUCAAUCAGACUUUCCGGCUUUAUCACCCUGAGCUCAGCUUCCUAAAGAAAGCCAUUCGUCUUCCUCCAUGGCAUGACCCCACAGUUGGAGAACCAGAGGGUGGGAGUCAAAUUUCUGUUCGAUGUAGUGACCCUAACAUUAUCUGCCAGACAAGGAUGCUGGUGCCAGGGGAACCUCAAGAUGUGUACUUGAAAGUGCCUGGGAGUCCCAGUCCAAACAUAAAAAUGUUCUUUGUGAUGGUUUUUAUUGAUAAGUGGAUGGCAGCACCCUCCCAGAUCUGGCAGAUAUAUGUACAUUUUCUGGAGCGAGUGGAUGUCAGCUGUGUGACUGGCCAACGAAACUGUCAAUCCCUGGUGCUGAGGGGGAAGCAGACUGUCCGCAGGGUCAAAUGUUUCUCAUCACACCCCAAGGAGAUAGAGGUGGACCCAGACAGUGUGUUCCUGUUGCCACCCACAGCUGUUCAGGAGCUCCAGUUGAAGGUGCAGCCAUGGCAAGCAGGCAGUCGCUUCUUUUAUGUGAACGCAGUGGAUGUGGAGCAGCGGCACAUCAUUACCACCUGGCUGGUCUGUCUGAACGUCCACCGGCCUGUUCUGUCCAAGGCAUUUGAAGUGUGCGUCCCAGUUGGUGGUGGGCGUGGCAGCUCCAAGAAAAUCACCUACACAAACCCCUACACCCGAAGCCGCACAUUUCUGCUCCGCUCUGACCAUCCAGAUCUGCUUCAGUUCAAAGAGGAUAAGUUCCAGAUCAACGGGGGAGAGAGUUAUACCAUCGGACUACGGUUUGCUCCAAGCCAGAAUCCCGGUUCAGUGGAGAUACUGGUGUACAUGAACAACCUGGAGGAGAAGACGGAGGAGACAUUCUGUGUGAAGGUCAACUACUCAUGAAAUGAAGUUCAUUUCAAACAGCGAGUACAAACUGCUCCCUGAAAAUACUGACUGAUGUGUCUUUUAUACAUUUUCUGGGUGUGAAAUGAACUCAGAUGAGUACAAAUGAGCUGUAAUUG